AAAUUUAUGCCUAGAUUCAACGGACCAUACACCAUCUUGGAGACGCACCCGGAAACGUUGACAUACACCUUAGACCUGCCGAACUCGCCAAAUAUCUUCCCCACCUUCCACUCCUCACAGCUACGACCCUACCACGCGACCGACAAAGAACUAUUCCCCUUGCGCGACUUCCCAAGACCUGGGCCGGUCGUGACCGAAGACGGACAGAUGGAAAACUUCAUCGAGAAGAUCAUGGAU